AUGGAGAGCCAGCUGGUGGUGAAUGGCCACGCUGCCGCCUUCUCCCACCAGGAAGAUGCUCCGGGAGCAAACGCCCUGCACCAGGACAUGCUACUGGGCAAGCAGAAAAAAGCGACUGGCGGGGACGCAACGGCAACGGAUGCUUCUCAGGAGCCCUCGGGGGAGGUGGGCAGCAUUGCCGGAGUGUACGUGGAGGCUGCGAAGAAGAUUCUGAGCUUUUACGAUGCCACCAGGGAGCAUCUUCUGAGUCUGGACUCGGCGCUGGGUCUCCUUGAGGCACAGGCGGCCACAGGCUCCAUCGUGGACCUGACGGAGAGGCGGCACGUGUCGGUGGCCGAAGCUGUGCAACUGGGGCUGGUGGGGUUGGAGUUGAAGGAGAGGCUGCUCUCCGCUGAGAAAGCUGCCAUGGGCUUCGUGGACCCCUACACGGAGGAGAAAAUCCCCCUGUUCCAGGCAAUGCAGAAGGAGCUGGUGGGGAAGGAGCAGGGAACACGGCUGCUGGAGGCCCAGAUGGCGACCGGUGGCAUCAUGGACCCAGCCACCGGCCGCCGGCUCCCUGUGGACGUGGCCUGUGAGAGGGGAUAUCUGGACGAAGAGGUGAGACAGCUCCUGUCUGACCCCAGCAACGAGGACACCAAAGGGUUCCUCAACCCCAGCACGAUGGAGAAGGUCACUUAUGCCGAGCUGAGGAAGAGUUGUGUUGUUGAUCCGGCCUCAGGCUUUCUCCUCCUGCCCCUGCAAACCACCUUCCUGGGGCUGGGAGGGCGGGUGAGUGGCAGAGACCUGCUGGAUGCCGGCAUCAUCAGCCCUGACAUCUUCAGAGGCCUCGAGGAGGGACGAGUUUCUGCGCAGGAGGUCAUGGAGAACGACUCAGUCCAGCCAUUCCUGCGUGGGACGAGGACUGUGGCUGGGGGCGUCCUGUGGCUGGUGUCGUCCGGCCUUCCGGUCCAGGCCUCCACUGGCAGCCUGGUGGACCCCAUAAAGAACAAAAUCUACUCAGUGGAUGAGGCUGUCAGGGUCGGUCUCGUUGGCCCAGAACUUCAUGAGAAGUUGUCUUCAGCUGAGAGGAGCAUCACCGGGUACCGGGAUCCCUGCACUGGGGAGAUGCUCUCUCUGUUCCAAGCCAUCAGGAAGGGCUUUGUCUCCAAGGACCAUGGCAUUUGCCUUCUGGAGGCUCAGAUGGCCACGGGGGGUCUCAUUGCUCCAGGCAGGCACCUCCGUGUCCCCAUGGAGACAGCCUGCAAGUGGGGGUACCUGGAUGAGGCCACAAGACAGCUCCUCUCCAGUCCCACUGAUGACAUGAAGGGGUUCUUUGACCCCAGCUCCAAGGAGAAGCUGCUCUACAUGGACCUGCUCAAGCGCUGCGUCACGGACCCCACCACGGGGCUCCUGCUACUGCCCCUUGAUGGAGACGAUGGAGAGGGAUCCGAGGGAACCCACCUCCUCUUCCUUGACCAUGGGGCCCAGACAGCUCUGGAGAACACACUGGUGCCCGUCACUUUGGGCAAAUUCAAGGGGAAGUCGGUGUCUCUCUGGAAGCUCCUCUUCACAGACUAUAUCCAGGGCGAGCAGAGAGCUGCUCUCGCCAGGCAGUACCUCGCGGGAACGCUCUCAGCACAAGAGCUGGGUAAGGUCAUCAGUGCCACCAUUGAGGAGAUGGCUUCUGCUGACAAUGUCACCUUCAAAGGGCUGAGGGACCGGGUGACAGCUGACCAGCUCCUGAGCUCAGAAAUCAUCAACAAGGAUUUGUUCGAGAAGCUGAAGGAGGGAGAGACAUCGGUCACAGAAGUCGUUGGCAUGGACACGGUCAAGAAGUACCUGCAGGGGACGGGCAGCAUCGGCGGGCUCCUGCUUCCUGACUCCCAGGAGAAGAUCAGCAUCUACCAGGCGAAGCGGAAAGGACUUCUAAGGCCAGGAACGUCUCUGAUCCUCCUGGAGGCACAGGCUGCCACAGGAUUUAUCAUUGACCCUGCAGCCAACAAACGGUAUUCGGUGGACGAGGCAUUACAAGCCAAUGUCAUCGGCCCAGAUGUCUAUGACAAGCUUCUGACUGCAGAGAAAUCUGUCACCGGCUACAGAGAUCCUUACACGGGCGACAAGAUCUCCCUCUUCCAGGCCAUGCAGAAGGACCUCAUUGUCAAGGAGCACGGCAUCCGCCUGCUGGAGGCCCAGAUUGCCACCGGUGGCAUUGCCAUCGCCGCCCCCGGGCCCACCCCCCGCCCCCCCGUGGAGGGGGCCUACCGGCGCGGCUACUUCGACAAGAAGAUGAACUUGAUCCUUUCUGACCCCAGCGACGACACCAAGGGCUUCUUCGACCCCAACACCCACGAGAACCUCACCUACCUGCAGCUGAAGGAGAAGUGCAUCACGGAGCCAUCCACCGGGCUCUGCCUCCUUCCUCUCAACAGCAGGAAGCCCCAGUUCAUCGAUGAGGCCACCAGACGGCUGUUCAGGAGCUCCUGGCUGCCCGUCAGGUUUGGGCGAUUGCGGGGGGAGAAGGUCUCUGUGUGGGACCUGCUGAACUCUGAGUACUUCAGCGAGGGAAGGCGUCGGGAGAUCUUCAACCACUACCAGCUGCGGAAGCUCACGCUGGAGCAAAUUCAGAUCAUGUUGGAGGAGGAAAUGAAAAAAUGGGCCCCCAUCAAGUUCCCAGCCAUGAGAGGUAGCGUCAGUGCCUACCACCUGAUGGAAACGGGUGUCAUCGACAAGGCCCUGUUUGAGAAGGUGCUGGAGGGGUCUGUCACGCCGGAGGAAGUCCUGCACAUGGACUCUGUCCGAAAGUACCUCUAUGGCUCCGGCAGCAUCGGUGGGAUUGUCCUCCAGCCGUCAAACCAGAGGAUGAGCUUUUACGAGGCCUUGAAGAAAAACCUCAUGGUGCCAGGAGUAGCCCUCCCACUGCUGGAGGCCCAGGCGGCCACAGGCUUCAUCAUUGACCCCGUGAACAACCAGAAGCUGUGUGUGGAUGAUGCCGUCAAGGAGGGAGUCAUUGGGCCGGAAGUCCACGAGAAGCUGCAACAGGCGGAAGGGGCUGUCACGGGCUAUAAAGACCCUUACACGGGCAAGAAGAUCUCCCUCUUCCAGGCGAUGAAGAAGGGGCUGAUUGCUGACAAACAGGCCAUGCAGCUGAUGGAGGUGCAGAUGGCUACAGGAGGCAUCAUUGACCCAACGUGUGGCCACUACGUCCCUGUAGAAGCUGCCCAGGAGCGAGGGUGCCUGGAUGAAGACACCAGCAAGGCCCUUUCCAAGCCCAGUGACGACAACAGAGCCUUCUGCGUCCCAGACAGCAAAGAGACUGUCACCUACGCCGAGCUAAUCCAGCGCUGCCAGAAGGACGAGAUCUCCGGUUUUCACUUGCUGCCUACACAAGGCAGGAAGUUUGGAUUCAAGGGCCUGAGGAAAAGAGUAUCUGCCAGUGACCUCUUCCAGUCGCAACUGAUAGACAAAAAAACCCUCGAUGAGCUCAACCAGGGGAAGAAAACAGUCAAAGAAGUCACUGAAAUGGACUCUGUCCGCAGGUACCUGGAGGGCAGCAACUUCAUCGCAGGGGUCCUUAUCCAGCCAAGCAAGGAGAAGAUGACCAUCUACCAGGCCAUGAGGAAGGGCAUCCUGAGGCCGGGGACGGCCCUGGUUCUGCUGGAGGCGCAGGCUGCCACCGGCUACAUCAUUGACCCGGAGAAAAACAAGAAGUUUUCGGUGGAGGAAGCAUUCACAGCAGGACUAAUUGGAGGGGAGAUUUUUGAGAAGCUACUCUGUGCUGAAAGAGCUGUGACGGGCUACACGGACCCCUACACAAAAGCUCCGAUGUCCCUGUUUGAAGCUAUGAACCAGGGACUGAUUGUGAAGAGCCACGGCAUCCGCCUGCUGGAGGCCCAGAUUGCCACCGGUGGCAUCAUCGACCCCGUGCACAGCCACCGCAUCCCCGUGGAGGUGGCCUACCGGCGCGGCUACUUCAACCAGGAGAUGAACCAGAUCCUCUGCGACCCCAGCGACGACACCAAGGGCUUCUUCGACCCCAACACCCACGAGAACCUCACCUACAUGCAGCUCCUUGAGAGAUGUGUCCAAGAUCCAGAGACUGGGCUGCACAUGCUACAAGUUGUACAAGAAGGAGGAAAAUACUUCUACAUCGAUGAGGUGACCAAACAGGUUUUGCGCUCGCAGCCCCUUAAAGUGAAAGUUGGAAAGUUUAAGGAUCAAACAGUUUCCGUCUGGGAAGUUCUCUGCUCUCAUUACAUCUCCCAGCAGAAAAAGAAAGAACUGGUGAUGCAGUACAAAUGCAAAACCCUCGCCCUGGAAGAUAUGAUAGCCCUCAUCCUCCAGAUAAUUGAGGACACAGAGCAAAGAGCAGAAGCCCUCAAGGUUAAAGGGCUCCGGGGGGAUGUCUCAAUAUCAGAACUGUAUAACUCUGAGAUAAUUGACAAGAAAACUCUGGAUCAGCUGCAGGAUGGGAGCCUCACGCUUGCCAGCUUCACAAAGAGGGACACCAUCAAAAGGUACUUGGACGGUACCGGAUGCAUCGCCGGGGUUCUGCUCCCAUCAAGAAAAGAGAAGAUGACCAUCUACCAGGCCCUGAAGAAGGGGCUCCUCACAGAGCAAUGUGCGCUGGGUCUGCUGGAAGCGCAGGCUGCCACCGGCUUCCUCGUUGACCCGCUGGCCAACAAGAAGCUCACUGUGGACGAGGCCGUCUCCUGCGGCCUGGUGGGCAGCGAGCUGCACGAGAAGCUCCUGUCGGCAGAGAAAGCUGUGACUGGCUACACAGAACCACACACAGGAAAUAAAAUAUCCCUCUUCCAGGCCAUACAGCAAAAGAUAACAGACAAGGAGCACGGCAUCCGCCUGCUGGAGGCCCAGCUUGCCACUGGUGGCAUCAUCGACACCGUGCACAGCCACCGCCUCCCCGUGGAGGUGGCCUACCAGCGUGGCUACUUGGAUGAUGAUAUGUUUCUCCGACUUUCUGAUCCAGAUCAUGGCAGCAAAGGUUUUACAGACCCAAACACUCACGAGAAAAUCAGUUACAGCCAGCUACUACAGAGAUGUUCCAAAGACAGAGACACUGGACUGUACCUGCUGCAGGUCAUGGAGAAAGAAGACGAGUAUUUCUACAUCGAUGAGCAAACAAAAAAAGCCCUGCUGUCUACAACAGUGCAAGUGUCCGUUGGAAAAUACAAAGGACAAGUACUGUCACUGUGGGAACUUCUCUGCUCUGAGUACAUCACAGAAGAGAAAAGAAAAGAACUGGUGAAAAAAUACAAAGAGGAAUCCCAUCGCAUCCUGCAAGGAAUCAUUGAUAUCAUACUCAAUAUCAUUAAAGAAAAAGAAGAGGACAGAAGUGAUGUCUGGUUCCAGGGACUCAGACAACAGAUAACAGCAUCAGAACUUCUCAGUGCACAGAUAAUUACAGAGGAAACAAUGGAAAAGCUCCAGGAAGGAAAAGAGACGGCACAAGAAAUAGCACAAAUGGAAAGUGUGAAAAGAUACCUUGAGGGAACGGGCUGCAUCGCCGGCGUGCUGGUGCCCUCCAAGGCUGACCCCGCCAAGAUGGAGAAGAUGACCAUCUACCAGGCCAUGUGGAAGGGCAUCCUGAGACCAGGGACAGCUCUGGUGCUGCUGGAGGCGCAGGCUGCCACCGGCUUCCUCGUUGACCCGCUGGCCAACAAGAAGCUCUCUGUGGACGAGGCUGUCUCCUGUGGCCUGGUGGGCAGCGAGCUACAAAGAAAACUACUUUCUGCAGAAAAAGCUGUGACAGGCUACACUGACCCUUGCACAGGA